GGAUCACUAUCACGGUAAGUACGAUACCUUCAUUUGCCUUUCAGCGUUCGGAACUCGACGUCGCAAUGUGGCGCCAACUAACCUCCGUUGCUUCCCGCCUCCCUCUUCGUGCAUCCGCCGCUCCGAUUCGGUUCCUGAGCACACGGCGCACCGCGUCACCUGAGACUAUUUCUGCGUUGAAGGAGCUGCUGGGAGAUCGUCUGUCUACAUCUCGCUCCGUGCUCGAGCAACAUGGCACUGACGAGUCGUAUCACAAGGUCGCACCCCCGGAUGCUGUCGCUUUCGUGGAGUCGACGGAAGAGGUCUCGGACGUGAUCAAGAUUUGUGCCGCUGCUGGCACUCCUGUCAUCCCUUUUGGCGCUGGAACGUCUCUCGAGGGACAUAUUUCCGCUACAUACGGAGGUGUCUCCAUUGACUUGACUGGGAUGAACAAGAUCCUCAAGGUGGAACCGGGAAACAUGAGCUGUAGAGUGCAAGCCGGUGUCACGCGAGAGCUACUGAACACGGAUCUGCGAGCCACGGGCUUGUUUUUCCCAGUGGAUCCAGGUGCUAACGCAAGUAUCGGAGGCAUGAUCAACACCAAUGCGUCUGGCACGACCACCGUUCGAUAUGGUAACAUGAAGACGAAUGUGAUGGCUCUCACUGCUGUCAUGGCUGAUGGAAGGAUCAUCAAGACCGGAUCAAAGACACGGAAAUCCUCGGCGGGGUACGACCUCACACGGUUGAUCAUCGGUUCGGAAGGCACCCUCGCUGUUGUUACCGAGGCCGAACUGCGUCUCUUUGGCAACCCAGAGGCGGAGAAGACGAUGAUCUGUUCAUUCAACACGAUGAAAGAUGCCGUGGAUACGUGUGCAACAGUCACGCAAAUGGGCAUUCCAGUGGCACGGAUGGAACUGAUGGACGAGAAUGCGGUAGAGGCAAUCAACAAGUACUCGAAGCUGGACAACCCUGUUCGUCCAUCUCUGAUCAUCGAGCAUCAUGGUUCUCCUGGUGAAGUGGAAGAACAGAGUGCUAUUGUAGUGGAGAUUGCCAAUGACUUUGAAGCGAAGGAUAUUGAACUAGCCACGAGUGCUGAGGAGCGCAAGAAGCUCUGGAGUGGACGUCACACGGCUUGGUGGGCUACGUUGAGCCAAAUGCCAGGAAGCCGUGGACUUGUCACCGAUGUCGCAGUGCCACCGUCGAAGCUAGCGGAUGUCAUUGUCGAGACGCAAGCUGAUCUCAAAGAGACCGGAUUAUUUGGGGCUAUCGUCGGACACGUCGGCGACGGUAAUUUCCAUGUUAUGAUCCCGUUUGAUCAGGACAAACCAGAGCUAAUGACCAGGGUGAAGAGCUUCUCGAACCGCCUGGUGGAGCGCGCGUUGGCCUACGAAGGAACCUGCACAGGCGAGCAUGGCGUGGGCCUCGGAAAGAUGAAGUACUUGUCCGUGGAACACCGUGACAGUGUGAAUGUGAUGCACACCAUUAAGAAGGCACUAGACCCGAAAGACAUCAUGAACCCGGGCAAGAUGUUCUAUGGCAAAACGCAGACCUAA